UAAGAUCCAACCCAUCACCAACUUUAUGUGGUUGAAAUGAGUUAACAUUGCACUUGAAUCCAUUGAAUUGCAUUAGCAUUUGAGAUGGCCAGUAAAACGGCUCGCAGCCAGCGCCUCCAGGCUGACCUGGAGCGCAAUCGAGUUGAAGCAAACUGGAAGAAAGUCAUUGAGCUUGCUGAGAGUUACAAGGCUCUCAUUCCUGCUGGCCAAGAUAACCAUCUGGCUAUGUUGCUCCUGGGGGAAGGCAAGCUGGAGCUGUACCUGGAAGAACAUCCUCCCAUUCCUGCUAAUUUCCAGGCUGCAAAAGCAGGUCUCACUGAAGCAAGAAGUCUCCUACACCAGUGUGUUAGUGACCAAGACAAAAAGAUGACCGUGUCACUAGACGCACUAUUCCUGCUGGCUAAGCUCGAGUAUGCCACCGGUGACUACAACGCAGCACUCAACCGCCUUGCCAACGCUGGACUGGAUAAGCUGCAAGAGAAACAACUCACAACGCGCUCACUCAAAAUUGUUGCAGAGUCCUUUGCUAUACAAGGUUUGUGUUUGGAGCAAGCAACUGUGAAUCGCGCGAGCCGCUACAAGAAGGCUGACAAUAAGUCUCGCAUGCUGCAGUGCUUUGAGCUGGCGUCAGACCUGACGCUGCUGUUCCUUCAGGAGCAGGAUAAGAUAUCCUCCACUCCCUCCACCGCCUCCCUUCCCUCCCUCAGCGCCUCCACCAGCACAGGGGGAUCAAACUCGCCGCUGCCGCCCGUGGGCGACCCCCCCGAGCAGCGCAGCAAGAUGGGCAUCAUCCUGGAGACGGCGCUGACGCGGGCCACGUGUCUCCAUCUCAGGGCCGGCAACGUGCAGCACGCCAUCGACAGGCACAGGUCUCUGCUGUCAGCGACGGAGUGCAGCAGCACGCAGCAGCUGCGGCUGACAGUCUGCACGCAGCUGGCAGAGCUGCUCAUGCGCUCUGUCAGCUGCGCUACCUACGUCCCGCCUGUCUACGCUGAGGGGAAGGACAAGCCCCAGAAGGGGGGCGACGGGGGGGCGUGGAAGCCUCGUCGCUACGCCGGCCUCAACAUCUUCGUCCCCUCCACCAGGAGUGAGGAGGUCAUCCUGCUACUGCUCAUCAGCGAGGCGAUGGCUGUGCGGGACGCGGUGCUGUCGCAGAUGCCGGAGUUCAGCGAGACCCGCGAGCGCGCCAACAGCGCAGCCACCGCCGUCCAGGACAUGCUGGCCCUGGCCCUGGCCCCCACCCGCCAGUACCAGAUACUUAUUGAGGUGUAUGAGCGGUCCAUGAAGUUCUCGUGGGGCUGUGGCCACGUGUGGCGGCAGUUUGGCCUCGCGCUGUGCAGCGGACGCCAGCCUCUGCGAGGCCUUCAGGUGCUGGAGGAGGCGCACCGUCUCCAGCCUCACAGCCCCGUCACCUGCCUCGUCGCUGCCAAGGUCUCCUUCCAGAGCCUCAAUAAGAUCGACGAGGGUCUGGCGUGGGUGCGUAAGGCGGAGUAUGCGCUGGAACACCCACCACCCGCCACCCCCACCGCCGCCGUCAGGAACAACAACGACGCCUGUCCUGCCCUCCUUAACUCCCAGCUACUGCUGGCACGCUGCUGUCUCUACCACGGUAUUGGUCUCAUCCUGAAGCUGCAGCAGACGACGGUCUACUCGAAGGCGCUCACUUACCGUAGGGAGGCAAUGCAGCUCCUGCUCAGGGCGAGCGAGCUGGACCCAGGCGACCACCUGAGUCACUUCUACCUGGCCGAGAGCUACGCCAGCUGCCGUCAGCUGCAGCAGGCGACGCUGCACGUCAGGACGGCGCUCAGCCUGCGUCCUGACCACCUGCCUUCUCUCCUGCUGCUGCUGCUCCUGCUGCAGGCGCUCAGGGAGACAGACGAGGCGCUCAGGUUGGUGGCGGGGGUGCAGCUGGAGUUCCCCCACAGUCUGCAGGUGGUGUCUGUGGCUGUGGCUCUGCAGGAGGCCCUGCAGGGGCCUCAGGUGGCGCUACUCACCGCCACACACAUGAUGGCGCUGUGGCAUGUGCUCUACCGCAACCAGUUGUGUGGGGACUCUGAUGCUGCGGAGGUGGCCAGCGGCCACACGACGCACCCUGACCCUGGCAGCGUCUACAACGCCUCUGAGGACAACGACAACGUGUCGGUAUGCGGUGGGGGGACGGAGUCAGUGUCGCGCGUCGAGUUCGCGCUCAGCGAAGUCGCGUCGAGCGUCUCAGGCGCACACUCGCCCAAACCUGCGCCUGCGCACGCCUGGGCGCUGCACAUCCACUGCUGGCUGACC